AUGUAUAGGAAAGAAAUUGAAUUUUAUUGUGGAAAACAAUUACCUAUAAUUAACUUAGGAUUCUACGCUUCGAGUGAAGGAUUUUUUGGCAGUCUGGCAAGUAUUAGUACAGAUGAAUAUUUCCUACUACCACAUAUUGCAUUCUACGAAUUUAUCAAAGAAGAAGACAUUCAUCAGGCUCAACCAAAGACACUUCUUAUUUCGGAUGUUGAACCAGAAAAUCGAUAUGAAUUGGUUUGCACCACUGAAGCUGGACUCGUCCGAUAUCGCAUGGGAGAUGUGGUCACUUGUACACGAUUUCUUUGUCGAUCCGAUGAUUUAGUCCCAUUACCCAUCGAUCAAGAAGAAAUUCCUCGAAUUCCACUUUUUUCAAUAGCAUAUCGCAUUGGAAGUUUGUUGGAUGCAUUUGGAGAAAAAACAAGCGAACAGCAUCUCAUGGAUGCUCUCCAACGGACAUCUCAACAAUGGAAAGAACAAGGAAUUUCUCUAGAUGUCUAUGAUUUUACCAGUUAUCCGAAAUUGGAUGUAUUUCCUCCUCAUUAUGUUCUGUUUUUGGAAUUAAUUGAAGAACAAAAUUCUAAGCAAGAAUAUAAAAUUAAUGAGAAAAAUCUUCAACUUCUUCAAACCAUGGUCGAUUCGGAAGUCGAACAACAACUUUGUCAAACAAAUUUCAAUUAUAACAAUGUUCGAAAAGGUAGCAAACUAGCUCCGCUAGUCUGUAUUCUUGUUCGAAAUGGAACAUUCUCCACUUUCCUAGCCGACAUAUUGGUUACCGAUCGGGUUAGUCCGACACAAAUCAAACCGCAUCGAUUAUUAAAGAAUGAAAAUCAUAUUCAAUUUUUUUAUGCCAAUCAAAUUAACAUAUCAUCUUCCUAA